AUGCUACGUAUUCUGUUGUUCACUUUGUUCUUCGGUGUUAUUGACUAUGGAUUUUCUGUGCGGAUAUCAGCGAUGCGAUAUCCUAGAAAUUAUUAUGAUGAUUAUAAUAAUGAGAGAAGACAAGAAUUUCAUGAACUAUUUUCUGAAGUAGCAGAUUCGUUUAUCGAAGCUGACGUUGCAAGAAGAAGUUUUGGAUUAAAAGAGUAUAAUGCUCAGGAUAUUUAUACAGCCGACGAAUACAAACGUAUUUAUCCGUUUCAAGAUUAUUUUGAGGAUUCCAUCGAAAUUAUUAUUAAGAAUCGUGUGAUGAAGGUUAGUGCGAGAUCAAUGUAUACGCCAAGGGAGGAUUUGCAGGAUAUAGUUAUUUUAGUGGAUCACUUGCUAAUAUCUCAAUUAUCUUAUUAUGUAGAUUAUGAGAAUGCUGUGCUUAUUAUAAAUAUACCAUUCAUAUUCAAAAAAUCGGGAGCUAUGGUUUGUAAUUAUAAUGAAUUUGAGUGUUGUGAUAUGCGGCCAUAUAUAAGA